AUGUGGGCAACAGGACAUGGGCAACAGGACAUGGGCAACGUGGGCAACAGGACAUGGGCAACAGGACAUGGGCAACAGGACAUGGGCAACAGGACAUGGGCAACAGGACAUGGACAACAGGACAUGGGCAACGUGGGCAACAGGACAUGGGCAACAGGACAUGGGCAACGUGGGCAACAGGACAUGGGCAACAGGACAUGGGCAACAGGACAUGGGCAACAGGACAUGGGCAACAGGACAUGGGCAACAGGACGUGGGCAACAGGACAUGGACAACAGGACAUGGGCAAUGUGGGCAACAGGAGAUGGGCAACAGGACAUGGACAACAGGACAUGGGCAAUGUGGGCAACAGGAGAUGGGCAACAGGACAUGGACAACAGGACAUGGGCAAUGUGGGCAACAGGACAUGGGCAACAGGACAUGGGCAACGUGGGCAACAGGACAUGGGCAACAGGACAUGGGCAACAGGACAUGGGCAACAGGACAUGGGCAACAGGACGUGGGCAAUGUGGGCAACAGGACAUGGGCAACGUGGGCAACAGGACGUGGGCAACAGGACAUGGGCAACAGGACAUGGGCAACGUGGGCAACAGGACAUGGGCAACAGGACAUGGGCAACAGGACAUGGGCAACAGGACAUGGGCAACAGGACAUGGGCAACAGGACAUGGGCAACAGGACGUGGGCAACAGGACAUGGACAACAGGACAUGGGCAAUGUGGGCAACAGGAGAUGGGCAACAGGACAUGGACAACAGGACAUGGGCAAUGUGGGCAACAGGAGAUGGGCAACAGGACAUGGACAACAGGACAUGGGCAACAGGACAUGGGCAACAGGACAUGGGCAACAGGACAUGGGCAACAGGACGUGGGCAACAGGACAUGGGCAACAGGACAUGGGCAACGUGGGCAACAGGACAUGGGCAACAGGACAUGGGCAACAGGACGUGGGCAAUGUGGGCAACAGGACGUGGGCAACAGGACGUGGGCAACAGGACAUGGACAACAGGACAUGGGCAAUGUGGGCAACAGGAGAUGGACAACAGGACAUGGGCAACAGGACAUGGGCAACAGGACGUGGGCAAUGUGGGCAACAGGACGUGGGCAACAGGACGUGGGCAACAGGACAUGGACAACAGGACAUGGGCAAUGUGGGCAACAGGAGAUGGACAACAGGACAUGGGCAACAGGACAUGGGCAACAGGACAUGGACAACAGGACAUGGGCAACGUGGGCAACAGGACAUGGGCAACAGGACAUGGGCAACGUGGGCAACAGGACAUGGGCAACAGGACAUGGGCAACAGGACAUGGGCAACAGGACAUGGGCAACAGGACAUGGGCAACAGGACGUGGGCAACAGGACAUGGACAACAGGACAUGGGCAAUGUGGGCAACAGGAGAUGGGCAACAGGACAUGGACAACAGGACAUGGGCAAUGUGGGCAACAGGAGAUGGGCAACAGGACAUGGACAACAGGACAUGGGCAAUGUGGGCAACAGGACAUGGGCAACAGGACAUGGGCAACGUGGGCAACAGGACAUGGGCAAUAGGACAUGGGCAACAGGACAUGGGCAACAGGACAUGGGCAACAGGACGUGGGCAAUGUGGGCAACAGGACAUGGGCAACAGGACAUGGGCAACGUGGGCAACAGGACGUGGGCAACAGGACAUGGGCAACAGGACAUGGGCAACGACAUGGGCAACAGGACGUGGGCAACAGGACAUGGACAACAGGACAUGGGCAAUGUGGGCAACAGGAGAUGGGCAACAGGACAUGGACAACAGGACAUGGGCAAUGUGGGCAACAGGAGAUGGGCAACAGGACAUGGACAACAGGACAUGGGCAACAGGACAUGGGCAACAGGACAUGGGCAACAGGACAUGGGCAACAGGACGUGGGCAACAGGACAUGGGCAACAGGACAUGGGCAACGAGGGCAACAGGACAUGGGCAACAGGACAUGGGCAACAGGACAUGGGCAACAGGACGUGGGCAACAGGACAUGGGCAACAGGACAUGGGCAACGAGGGCAACAGGACAUGGGCAACAGGACAUGGGCAACAGGACGUGGGCAAUGUGGGCAACAGGACGUGGGCAACAGGACGUGGGCAACAGGACAUGGACAACAGGACAUGGGCAACAGGACAUGGGCAAUGUGGGCAACAGGACAUGGGCAACAGGACAUGGACAACAGGACAUGGGCAACAGGACAUGGGCAACAGGACAUGGGCAAUGUGGGCAACAGGAGAUGGACAACAGGACAUGGACAACAGGACAUGGGCAAUGUGGGCAACAGGAGAUGGGCAACAGGACAUGGACAACAGGACAUGGGCAACAGGACAUGGGCAACAGGACAUGGGCAAUGUGGGCAACAGGACAUGGACAACAGGACAUGGACAACAGGACAUGGGCAACAGGACAUGGGCAACAGGACAUGGGCAACAGGACAUGGGCAACAGGACGUGGGCAACAGGACAUGGGCAACAGGACAUGGGCAACAGGACAUGGGCAACAGGACAUGGGCAACAGGACAUGGGCAACGUGGGCAACAGGACAUGGGCAACAGGACAUGGGCAACAGGACAUGGGCAACAGGACAUGGGCAAUGUGGGCAACAGGACGUGGGCAACAGGACGUGGGCAAUGUGGGCAACAGGACGUGGGCAACAGGACAUGGACAACAGGACAUGGACAACAGGACAUGGGCAAUGUGGGCAACAGGAGAUGGGCAACAGGACAUGGACAACAGGACAUGGGCAACAGGACGUGGGCAAUGUGGGCAACAGGACGUGGGCAACAGGACGUGGGCAACAGGACAUGGACAACAGGACAUGGGCAAUGUGGGCAAACAGGAGAUGGACAACAGGACAUGGACAACAGGACAUGGGCAAUGUGGGCAACAGGACAUGGACAACAGGACAUGGGCAACAGGACAUGGGCAACAGGACAUGGGCAAUGUGGGCAACAGGACAUGGACAACAGGACAUGGACAACAGGACAUGGGCAACAGGACAUGGGCAAUGUGGGCAACAGGACAUGGGCAACAGGACAUGGACAACAGGACAUGGGCAACAGGACAUGGGCAACAGGACAUGGGCAAUGUGGGCAACAGGACAUGGACAACAGGACAUGGACAACAGGACAUGGGCAACAGGACAUGGGCAACAGGACAUGGGCAACAGGACAUGGGCAACAGGACAUGGGCAACAGGACGUGGGCAACAGGACAUGGGCAACAGGACAUGGGCAACAGGACAUGGGCAACAGGACAUGGGCAACAGGACGUGGGCAACAGGACAUGGGCAACAGGACAUGGGCAACGUGGGCAACAGGACAUGGGCAACAGGACAUGGGCAACAGGACAUGGGCAACAGGACAUGGGCAACAGGACAUGGGCAAUGUGGGCAACAGGACGUGGGCAACAGGACACUCAGAGAUGGGGAGGAGGACCACAGCCUCCUCUUCCUCAGAGCGGUCCACACUCUCCCAACACCAUCAGGCCCCACGGAACCAUCACACCAUCGUACAGAAGGAAGGAGCAAGUCUACAGCCUCCACAGGUUUCCAGGAUGGGACCUUUAAAGAAGACUCCUCCGCUCUCACCAUGACUCUUCCUCCUCCUCCUCCUCCCCUCCUCCUCUUCCCCCUCCUCCUCCUCCCGCUCUCCUCCUCCCUCCUCUCUAAACCUCCCCUGGUGCCCUCCUCCGCCUCCCGCCUCGUGGCACGUAUGGACGGUGACAUCAUCAUCGGGGGACUGUUCUCAGUCCAUCACCAGCCGUCUGCAGAGAAGGUACCAGCACCUGGACCAGCACCAGGACCAGGUGUAGUCAGGGAUCAGGGGCAGUCCAGGACCAUGGGCAGUCCGGGACAAUGUGUGGUCCAGGACCCGGCCUCCUCCUGA